ACUGGGAAAAAGAACGGGAAAUCCCCUAGAUGCUGCCUCUUGUGACACUGUCUCUCUAAUUAUUAACUGGUAAUUUGAACCAGGGCUUUAAAACAUGCUGCGAACCUUUCGGUGCUAUGGAAACCUGUUCAGCGGCCGCAGCAGAGGUACCAGGGGCAGCACAGCAGCGGACGUCGCCCCUCCUCAGCAGAGUCAAAGAGCAGAGCGCGUCGACUGCACUUUUCUGGAAGAUGCUGAACGCUAUUUGGUGCUGGGUUCGCGGCGGCAACGCCCCCCGUAGGACCGAAUCCCUCUCCUUCCACCCACACGCCAAGGGCUCCCAGAUCCGUCUAGACGAGCUCCACUGCACGGCCUGGAGGGCCGCCACCUUCCACGACGGCAUCGUCUUCACGAACCGGCCCGUGCGCCCCAAGGAGAGUGUGGCGCUGCAGCUGCUCAUGCUGGAAGAGGGCUGGCAUGGGGGGCUGCGGGUGGGCUUCACGCGACUGGACCCCUCCGCUAUCUGCCCCGGGAGCCUGCCCCCCUACGUCUGCCCCGACCUGGUGGAGAAACAUCCCGUCUGGGCGGCCGUCCUGCCGGACUGGGGCGAGAAUUCAGGAGACGUUGUCAGCUUCUGGGUGGACCGCCGGGGCCGCCUCUUCUGGACCAGCAACGGGGGCGAGCCGAGGUUGCUACUGUGGGGGGUACCGACCUCCUCCCCUCUCUGGGCUGUGGUGGACAUCUACGGGAGGGCCAAGGCAGUGAGGCUACUUGAUCCGGCAGUGGCCUGGCCCAGCCCCAGUUCUAGCUCCAGCUCCAGCUCCAGCCCCAGUCCCAGCCUUAGCCUCAGCCCCUUGCCAUGGAGUCCAGCUGGGAGUGGUGGGCUCUGCUCCUGCCACCCAGCCCAAAAAUCAGAGGAAGAGUGCGCCAUCUGCUACCAGCACACCGGGGACACCCGCCUCCUCCCUUGCGGGCACUCGCACAUCUGCUCCUGCUGCGCCCUGCGGAUCUUCAGAGACAGCGGCACCUGCCCCAUGUGCCGUGGCCUGGUCCAGACCCUCGUCCGCACCCUGCGGGCGCCGGGGGUGACCGGCUAGCCGGGGGCUGGGAGCCGGCCAGCUCGGACCAAGUUCUCCUGGCCUCCUUUCCAACCCGGCCGGUUGCACCAGCUCCCCUGUCUGGACCACUGGAGCCGUAACGUCGCCCAUGAACCCGGUGGUCAGCGCAGAGCCCAGACCGGGGAGUAAGAAGAACCUGGGUUCUUAGCCCGGCUCUGCCACCUGUCUGCUGCUGUGCGACCCUGGGUAAG